UCCAAGAACCUAAUGUUUCUACCCAUUAAUUCACCUAAUGUUCUCUCUACUCCUGCUAGAUUAUUGCCAAUUAUGAUGCAAUCCGAUAAGCACCCAAAAGAUCACGAACCCGAACCAACCCACCCUUUGCGGUGGUGCGCCACCUUCAUUUUCUCAGUCCUAGCCGUAGGAGUAAUCAUCGCCGGCGUAGUAGUGUUCCUGGGGUACUUAGUAUAUCACCCAACAAUUCCAAUCAUUAGUGUGGUGGACGCUCACCUGAACCUCUUCCAAUACGACUUAGCUGGUGUUCUCGUAACACAAGUAAUGAUCGUCGUAAGGACAGAAAACGACAACACCAGAGCUCAUGCUAGCCUGUCUGACAUGAAGCUGACGUUGAUUUUUGAUGGGAUAGAGAUAGCAAAACUGGUGGCUGAACCCUACGAGGUGAGCAAGAACAGCUCCGUGGAUUUUAACUUCGUAGCUACUUCAGACUCAAUACCAUUGAAUCAAGAGCAAAUGAAGGAUGUGGAUGCGUACUUGAAUGAAGAUGAAAUUAGAUUUGAUCUGAAAGGGAAUGUGAGAGCUAGGUGGAGAGUUGGGAUUCUUGGGUCUAUUAAGUUUCGUUGCCAUUUGGAAUGUCAGCUCAGGUUUCAUAAAUCCAGUGGAGACUAUAUACCUCGUCGAUGCACCUCGAAGGCUAAAUGAUGAAGAUGAUCAUUAAUUAAUUAAUUAAUUAAUCUCCUUUUUUUUUCCUCAAUUAUUUUUCUUUUGAUCUGCACAGUUUGUGUAUAUUAAUGGUUACUUUUCUCCUUUCUGUGCAUAUAAUCUGUUCCUCCCAAAAUUAAAUAUCAGGGACUUCUCUUUUCUAUUUUUAA